AACCGGUUUUGGGCUGAGAUUAAUGGCCUUCCUUGUGACAUAAGACUCCCAGACCCUGACAGUUAUAUCGAUGAAAUAGAUUGGGACUCGGAAAUUGAUCCUGAACUGCUUCUGGACUUGGAGAGAGAACCGAACACCCCUGACGAGAAGGAUAAAAAUGAGAAUGUUGUGAUUCUUGGAAAUUCUCUUCUUUUGAAUCAGUCAUUUUCCUGUGGUGGAUGGGGGGAUACGGAAGAGGAUGUAGUGAAGGAGAAUAACAUGUCCUCCAAUUGGAAAAACCAAAACUGUGAAAAUUCUUGGGAGCAGAAUUAUGCUCCAAAUAAUUGCAACAUGAAAGAUACUGGAUAUGGAAACUGUUGGAAUAAUUCUUGGGAAUGGAGCCCAAGGGAGAAUAACUAUAAUGAGUGGGACAAUAAUGAAUCUAACUACGUGGAUUAUCGGGGUGGAGGUUGGGAUGCAUGGGAUGUUACUAGAAGAAAGAGAGAAGGCCCUGGGCGGUACAUGUCAAGGUAUAAAACCUCAAGAUUUCAUAGUGAUAACCGUCAGAAUAAUCGGGGAUGGAGGAAUGUGAGAGGGAGGCAGAGGGCAAAUUUUGCAUAUGAACGACCACCUGUGGAUUCGACACAGUGGAACUCUGUGAAUUAUUGCGGGUGGGCCAAUUAACCAUUACAAAAUUGGCAAAGCAGGAGUCCCUGUGGAAUUGGGAGUGGCAAGUUUUGUAAGUAAAAAGUUAUAAGCAUAUGGUAUAUACUGCUGUAGAUUGUACGUCUCAAUAUUAUUUUAUUUGUUCUGUGUUGGUAUGAUAGUAUAUAUUAGGUACAACAGCUUUUGGCAAAGUCCCUGUUAUGUUCAAUUUCCGUUGCAGUUUUGUAAUCUGCUUCUUCGGAAGGCAUGUCUGAAUUUCUAAAUAUUAUUUUUAAUCCUGAGAGUGUGCAGUGUUAAGUGAUA